GGUUAGGUUUGCGUGUUUAAAAACCGAAGACGCCAAAUCGCCAAAGAGCAGUCGAUAUCGAAUGAACAAAGUGAACGCCCACAAAGAAAGGAAAUAAAAUGCCAAAAUUUGGCAUAGUAUGUAAAAGCAUUUGUGCUGGCCUAAUAUGGAUGGGUUUGGUGGUUAGUUCGCUGGCCACAUCAACCCAAGGCACAGGCCAAGUGGCCACUAGUCCUAGGUUGGCUCCAUUGAACGAAUUGGGAAUAAGCCCAGGCAAGCCGAAUAAGAAGCCGGAAGGAGAUCGUCAGGAUGUACUCCUGCCCAUGGUGAUUAAUACUUGGAAUUUCCCAGAGGCAAAUAGAUUGGCUUGGCGCAUUUUGAAUGCCUCACGGGGUGGACUUCGGCAGACGAGAAAUGCCGUGGUCGAAGGUUGCACCAAAUGUGAGGAAUUGCAAUGCGAUGGAAGUGUUGGCUAUGGCGGUUCCCCCGAUGAACUGGGUGAAACCACUUUGGAUGCCAUGAUUAUGGAUGGUGCUACCAUGGAUGUGGGUGCUGUGGCUGGAAUGCGGCGGAUCAAGGAUGCCAUACGUGUGGCCCGUCAUGUGCUGGAGCAUACCCAGCACACAAUGUUGGUGGGAUCGGCGGCAACAGAGUUUGCCCAGUCAAUGGGCUUUCGUGGUGAAUCUUUGAUGACGCCGCAGUCAAAAGAAAUGUGGCAAAUGUGGAUAGCAGGGAAUUGUCAACCAAAUUUCUGGCGUAAUGUCUAUCCCGAUCCAAAGAUCUCAUGUGGUCCAUAUAAGCCUCAACCCACGCCUAUUACCCGCUGGAAGGAGGAUCGUGCUCGAACAGAGUAUAAGAUUGGUCAUGACAAUCAUGAUACCAUUGGAAUGAUAGCCAUCGAUGCGGAUAAUCAAAUUCACGCCGGAACUUCGACCAACGGGGCACGUCAUAAGAUUCCUGGACGCGUCGGUGACUCGCCCAUACCAGGAGCAGGAGCCUAUGCGGACAAUGAAGUCGGAGCCGCAACUGCCACCGGCGAUGGUGAUGUUAUGAUGCGUUUCCUGCCCACUCUGCUGGCAGUUGAGGCUAUGCGAGCUGGCAAGACACCAACAGAGGCAGCUGAGCUCGGCAUAAAACGUAUCGUUAAACAUUACAAGGAUUUCUCAGGAGCUGUUAUUGCAGUUAAUCGGCUGGGUCAAUAUGGGGCAGCCUGUUAUGGCAUGGCGGAGUUUCCAUUUGUGGUCAGCAGUCCAGUUAAGUCCGGUCCUAAUACUCGGACAGAAACGGUUAAAUGUUUAGCUAGCCAGGAUACAAUAAAUGUAGUUAGGCUAUAAAUAAACAAUAUUUCAAUUUUAAGUAUUCCCGGUAUAUAUGUAGUGUUGAUUAAUUUCAAAAACAGUUCAUGCAACGCUAGAAAUAUUGUUGCCAGACUGUUUAAGUUUUUUUCGGUUUCGUUUUGUAACAAUAAAUGGAGUUUAAAAACUUC